AUGACGUCUUUUGAAUGUGGAGUUAUUGGUGUGGAUCCGAAAACAAUGCACAGUAACCGGGUAUUGUUAACAGAAGAGAUAGUAAAGCACUCCUUGACACCAACAGUGGCAUACUACAAAAUCGAAAAUGUUGGGAUCGCUACACGAAAAGAUAUGGCUAGAGAUGUAGAUAACGAGUACGACCGCUAUCACGCUCAACUUCUCGACGCUGGAAAUCCACUUCACGAUCAAAUUUUUCUGCGAGGAAAAACUGCCCUCGUUUCACAAUAUCCGAAGUUCAUCGAAAAAUGCAACUCUCCACUAGCCGCAUACACUGAGGACAAGGUGUUCGAUAUCGGCAUGAUGCAAAGGCAAACUUUUUCCGCGGCAAUAAAACCGGAAGCGUUCCCGUGCAGCGUCCUGGACGCAAUCUGUGAAGGAAUCCGCGUCGCUAAGCUUCUUCCUGAUCUGCCAUUUCGACUUUCGGUUGAAGAAGGACUCCUGGGCUUCUUGUGGGACUGUAUCAUGAAGCUGAAACCAACUGAAUGGUGGUCAGAGUCGAACGUGACGUCCCAAACAGCUCUAAAUUUUUGGGUAUCUGAUUGUGGAAUGUUCGCCGUCAGAACGUGGUCGAACUGA